AAUCAGAGCGCGUGUAUUUUAGACGCACGCUGGUAAAAGUGCAGUGUUUCAAAAAUCUCAUUGGGAAAACAAAACAGGAAAGAAGUAAAACACCAAAAAGCAGACCUUUGUGUGGAUGUAUGUUUGAGAUCACUGGGAGAUUUUAAGUUCGCUGGACGAAGUUUCAAUCAUUGGUAGUAUCCAAGAAGAUGCCUUUUUCAAGAGGAAAGAAGCCGGUGGUCAGCAAAAUCCCAAAGCUCCAUGUUAAAAGUUCAGAGAAUGUGGACGAUGGCCCUCAUGUCAAGCGCUCGUCCUCUCCUCCUCAAGGGGCUCCAAGGAAGAGAACUGCGUUUAUAGACAUCACUAAUGCUGUGUCUCAGUGUUUUGUGACGCUUCAGUUCGAUGCUGAUCAUGGUGAUGUCAGGAGAGCUCAUAAGGUGGAGUUUAGCAAUCCAAUCAAAAAGAAAGAUCCGACCAAGAAGGUGCAAAAGAAGACCUCUGUGACCAACAAGAAUGAAGCCAACCUAAAAAAGUUGGCUUUGGCCAUUUCUCAGAGUUCUCCUGAGGAACAGGAGAAGGACAAAUCCCCAGUAGAGAAACUGGAGGAGCCCCUUCCCAAAGCUCCCCUUCCUGCACACAUUCUGCCUCCACAGAUACCCCCAGAGUUUGACAUUGACUUAGAUGCUUCGAAUGACCACACACAGACUCCAGAAUACGCCAAAGACAUUUUUGAUUAUCUGAAGAAAAGAGAAGAGGAAUUCGUGUUGCGUGACUACAUGGAUAGUCAGCUGAGCCUGAACCCGAGCAUGAGAGCGAUUUUAGUGGACUGGCUGGUUGAGGUCCAGGAGAAUUUCGAAUUGAAUCAUGAGACAUUGUACCUGGCCGUGAAGAUUACCGAUCAUUAUCUGGCUGUAGCUCAGGCCAGCAGGGAGUCACUCCAGCUCAUCGGCUCCACAGCCAUGCUGCUCGCUUGCAAGUUUGAGGAGCGGCUCCCCCCUUGCGUCGAUGACUUCCUGUAUAUAUGUGACGAUGCGUACAAGCGCACUCAGCUCAUCGCCAUGGAAGGGAGAAUCCUACAGGCACUGAAUUUCGAACUCAAUAUUCCUGUCGCUUAUCGAUUCCUACGAAGAUAUGCCAAGUGUGUGAAUGCCGGCAUGGACACCCUGACGCUGGCCCGCUUCGUGUGUGAACUCAGUCUCCUGGAGAUGCAGUUUGUCCCAGUUCGUGCGUCUCUGUUGGCCUCUGCUUGUCUACUCAUCGCCCUGGUAACCAAGGACCUGGGGGGGUGGACGCCGUCUCUGCAGUUCCACUCAGGCUACAGUGUAGAGGAUCUGGUGCCCGUGGCUCGAAAUCUCCAGCACAUGCUGAACGGUCCUUCAGACAGCAAACUCGCCACCAUCCGCAGCAAAUACGCUCACAAGGUUUUCUUUGAAGUCGCCCUGAUGCCUACAGUGAGCAUGGAGAAACUCGAGCGGUUUCUGAAGUGAGCUCGAGAUCAUCGUUUGUAAUCUGUAAAUAUUUGUACUUUUAAUAUUAUAACGUCCUCAUGCGAUAAAAGACUGUUUUGUAAAGCUUGCGCAUGUUCGCGUUUUCAUAGCGCAUGUUUAGAGAACGAAAACCAGCAAAACCUUGAUGUAAUAAAAUGUACGAAGAUGUUGGUAAAAAUUGUUACAAGGCAUUUUAUUAAACCGUUUCCAGGUUGUUGAUCAAUGUUUUAAAAGAAGUGGUGUUCUUAAAAUCUGUUUUCUGUAUUUAAACCAUGUUGUUAUUAAACCCUGUAAAUGUAUUUCUGUAAAUAAUUUUUUUCCCUUACUCAGUAUUAUAACAACCUUUAUUAUAUGUGUUGGUUGUAAUGUUUCUAUUUUUUAGUCUUUUGAUUAAAACCAAUAAUAUAUCUUUA